GUUAUUUCAUUUCAAUUAUUUUCUCGAACGUUUUAAGUCGUGUUUAAUUGCGGGCAUGGCGCGUGUCACUUUAUUUUAUAAAAUAUAUUGGGUUGUCCAGAAAGUUCGUGCCAAUUUUUAUGUAUAUAUUUAUUGAAUUAUGGAAAGGGUCUGUUUGCCACUAGUCCGUUUAAAGAUGGAGAUACAAUUUUGGAGGAGAAACCCAUUGUUUGUUGUCAAUUCUCAUGGAAUUCAAUGUAUGGCUAUUUAGCUUGCGACCAUUGUUUAAAACCUUUAGAGACUGCAGAAGAAAAUGUACAUAGAUUGACGGAAAAUCCAGCAAUUAUUUUACCUCAUCCAGAAUGUUGUGAAACACAGAAGGAUUUAAUUACAGAAUGUCCUGAGUGUGGCGCAAAGUAUUGUAGCAUCGAUUGCCAAAAUGAAGCUUACUCAAGAUAUCACAGUACAUUAUGCCUACACUCAAGAGAAAAACAAGGCUCUCAUCCCCUUACACAAUUAAACGAUACAUGGAAACAAAUGCAUUACCCACCAGAAUCAGGAACAAUAAUGCUACCAGCUAGAAUGGUAGCUCUUGUUAAUCAAGCCAAUAAUAAAGAGGAGAUCCUUUCUACUUUUUCACAAUUUUGUCAUAGUGCAGUGAAUGAUAUGCAGCAAAUUACACACAAGUUAUUGGAUGAAAAGUUCAUUGGUCAGAUUGAUGUACUCAGAGAAAUGAUGCAAAAAUCUUUAAAUACUGAAUUUACAUCGCAUUGGUUUACACCGCAUGGUUUUAGAAGCCUACUAGCUCUGAUAGGUACAAAUGGUCAAGGAAUUGGAACUAGUUCGUUUGCACGUUGGGUAAAAAACGUAUCUGCAUUAGAAUUACCAAGAGAGGAAAGAAUACAAGUUGAUAAAUUAAUAGACCAUAUAUAUGAUGAAAUGGAGGAAGCAGUAGGUUCUUUCUUAAAUAAUGAAGGUUCUGGUCUUUAUACUCUGCAGUCAGCUGUAAAUCACAGUUGUGUACCAAAUGCAAUUGUAGAAUUUCCUUAUUCAAAUAAUGUAUUGGUUUUAAAAGCAAUACGGAAUAUUCAACCAGAAGAGGAAAUAUGUAUAAGUUAUCUUGACGAAUGUGAUUUAGAAAGAAGUAGACAUUCUAGACAAAAGACUUUAUGUUCGUUAUAUUUGUUUCUUUGUCGCUGUGAUAAAUGUUUGUCGCAGGCCGACGAUCCUGAUUUAACAUCAGAAGAUGAAAUAGACAUGUCUAGCUGAGAAAGUGUAUUUAAGGAGAUAUAUUGAAAACAGUUUCGCAUAUUAAAUUAUUUUAUUCGUAAACCUUUAUUUUACAACAAAGUUUUAUAUAAAUUACAUACAAGGUUUUUUUAUUUGAAAGAAUAAAACCAAAUAUUAUAACUGCGUCUUUAUGUACAUGGAACAUUACCUUUCAUUUGUUGAAUUUUAAUGUAUCAGGCUAGAAUAAAAUAUACACAUAUUUUUCAA